ACUAAACUAAUCCUAGUAAGAUAAAGAACAGACUGGGUGCCAGGUCGGAUGACCAGAACGCCCAUCGCCAUGCUUAUCUUCUCCUCUUCCGAACUCCCUCAACUCAGACCCACUUUCAGCGCUCUGGAACAUGUCAUCAAUGGCGUCUAUGCUUCGUCGAAAGCUCAAACCCUUCUCGCAGAACCAUGUCAGACUGAGAUCAUUUUCUGCACCAGCGGACAAUCACCUGAAGCGUCCCAUAGAGAAGAUCUUGAUAGCCAACAGAGGAGAAAUUGCUUGCAGGAUCAUGAGGACUGCAAAGAGGCUGGGUAUUCGAACCGUCGCCGUUUACAGCGACGCUGACAGAGACAGUCUCCAUGUGAAGUCCGCUGAUGAAGCCGUGUAUAUUGGUCCUCCUCCGGCUCGGUUGAGCUAUUUGAAUGCUUCGUCAAUUAUUGAGGCUGCGUUUCGGACUGGUGCACAGGCUAUACAUCCGGGCUAUGGUUUCUUGUCAGAAAGUGCAGACUUUGCUCAAUUUUGUGAAGAUAAGGGUCUUUUAUUUAUUGGCCCUCCUGCAUCUGCGAUCCGGGACAUGGGUGAUAAAAGUGCAUCAAAGAGAAUAAUGGGUGCAGCAGGGGUACCACUUGUUCCUGGAUAUCAUGGUGAUGAUCAAGGUGUUGAUCUUAUGAAGUCCGAAGCAGACAAGAUUGGGUAUCCUAUAUUGAUAAAGCCAACUCAUGGAGGUGGUGGAAAGGGCAUGAGGAUAGUGCAAAGACAGAGUGAAUUUGUUGAAUCUUUCUUGGCCUCACAACGUGAGGCUGCUGCAUCUUUUGGAAUUGACACAAUCUUGUUAGAGAAAUAUAUUACACAACCAAGGCACAUUGAAGUUCAGAUAUUUGGAGACAAACAUGGCAAUGUUAUACAUUUAAAUGAGAGAGAUUGCAGCGUGCAGAGAAGGCACCAGAAGAUUAUUGAAGAAGCACCAGCUCCAAAUGUUGUUAGUGACUUCCGCUCCCAUUUGGGUCAAGCUGCUGUAUCUGCUGCAAAGGCAGUUGGUUAUUACAAUGCUGGGACUGUGGAGUUUAUAGUGGAUACUGUUUCAGGCGAGUUUUAUUUUAUGGAAAUGAACACUCGUCUUCAGGUUGAACAUCCUGUGACUGAGAUGAUUGUUGGCCAAGAUCUUGUGGAGUGGCAAAUCCUUAUUGCAAAUGGAGAACCUCUUCAGUUGAGUCAGUCUCAGGUGUCAUUAUCAGGUCAUGCUUUUGAGGCCCGAAUAUAUGCUGAAAAUGUUCCAAAAGGAUUUCUUCCAGCAACUGGAGUUAUUCAUCAUUACCGUCCUGUGCCAGUCUCAUCAACAGUACGAGUCGAAACUGGUGUUGAGCAAGGAGACACUGUCAGCAUGCAUUAUGAUCCUAUGAUUGCGAAGCUUGUAGUAUGGGGAGAAAAUCGUGGCGCAGCAUUAGUUAAAUUGAAGGAUUGCCUGUCUAAGUUUCAGGUUGCGGGUCUGCCAACCAAUAUCAAUUUUCUCCAAAGACUUUCCAAUCAUUGUGCAUUUGAAAGUGGGGAUGUUGAAACACAUUUUAUUGAGCAUUUCAGAGAUGACCUAUUUAUUGAUUUGAGUAAUCCAGUGUUAGCUGAAGAGGCAUACAAUGCUGCUAAAUUCGGUGCAACCCUGGCAGCUGUAUGUGUUUGUCAGAACGAAGAUUCUGCUAUGAAGGAAACUCCCCUUGGGCAUAAGAGUUCACUCUCAAUAUGGUAUGCUCAUCCUCCUUUCAGAGUCCAUCAUUGUGCGAGGCAUAUGAUGGAACUUGAAUGGGACAAUGAAAGCGAUAGUUCUGGUUCAAAGCUUUUGACAUUCACCAUUACUUAUCAGCCUCAAGGGAACUAUUUAAUUGAGGGAGGAGAAAGUAGAUUGGAAGCAAACGUAACACGGCUGGGCAAGCACGAUUUCAGAGUUGAAGCUGAUGGUGUGACCAUGGAUGUCAGUCUAGCUACUUAUUGCCGGAACCAAACCAAGCACAUUCAUAUCUGGCAUGGUUCGCAUCACCAUCAUUUCAGACAAAAAGUAGGGCUCGAGUUGUCUGAUGACAACGAAACCCAGAAUAAGCCCAACUUUGAAACAACUACCCAUGCCCCAGGGACUGUGGUGGCACCCAUGGCUGGUUUAGUGGUUAAAGUUCUGGUGAAGGAUGGGACGAAGGUGGAAGAGGGGCAGCCGAUUUUGGUUCUAGAAGCAAUGAAGAUGGAGCAUGUUGUGAAGGCACCAACUGCUGGGAAUGUCCUUGGGCUUCGGGUUACAGCUGGCCAACAGGUUUCUGAUAGUUCUGUUCUUUUUACCAUCAAGGUAUGUCACUGGCAUUUAUAUAAAAGUGACAUGAGCUCAAGAUUAUCUGCAUAUUCAUGACCUAUACAGCAUAUCCAAGGUUUUAAAUAUCGAAAUUGACUAAAAUUUUGAGGUUUCUGAAGUGUGAAAAUUUCAAUGUUGAUGUCCAUUUUGAUUUCAAUGUUUAUAAAACAUUGAAGUAUUCAGUAAAGCAUGAAAUUCUCUUGUGAAACUAUAGAAAGUAUUAUGCAUAAUAAUGCAAGAUUUAAAGCUAAAAUAUUACUAAAAAAAAACACAUCAAAGACAGGUAUAUUGUACAUAAGUUGCAUGACUUUCAUAUAAUUAUCAUAUAAACACAUUCAAUUAAUAUAUGUGAAAUUCAUAAAUUUUUUAAAUGUUAUUUAUUAUACAAUUAUGGAUAAUUUAGACAUAAAUGGUCAAAUAGAAUGUAGCUAAUAUUUAAGUUUAAUUUUUCGUUUAGUUUCAAAAGACUAAAGUUAUUUAUAUCCAUUUUUUUAAUAACAACCUUCAGUUCCAAUUUUUUUUUUUUAAAGAAGAUAAAUUACGAGAAAUUCCAAUUUGGGUUCUGAAUCUCAAAUUCAAAUUUCAAAGAACUUUCAUUCUAGUUAAAAAUUUCAACAAAUUUUGCUGAAGUUUUCUAGUUUUCUAAUGAAUUUUGAGUGAUUUGUGGAACAAAUUUUGUAAAAUGAAAUUUGAUUGUCAUUUCAAUUUCAAGAUGGUGAAAAGUGGAAACUUUGACUGAAAUUUUGACGAUUUGUGGAAAUCUAAGACCAUGAGCAUUAUCAAAAUGUUUUUGAGCAUAGAACAUCAUGCUGUACAUCUCUGAAGCUACAUGGGGAUAUUUGUUCUUGUGUCUUGUUGUUCAAUGUGCUGCCGCUGCUAUAUUUGCUUGUUUAUUGUACCAAUGAAAACAGACUGCUAGAUGAUAGAUUAUGAGCUUUGGAAUGUACGUCUCUGAUAGCAAGUAGGUUUUACUUGCCCCCGGAAAGGAAGGAAAGAAUCUGUGGGCAUAUUUAUUAUUUUUUGAAUUUUUGUGUGUUGGCCAAUAUACUUGACCUUACCUUGAGCACACUAUGGUUGAGCCUGUGUUUAAUACAGCUCAAAUGUCUUCCGUGAACCUGGCACAGUGACAGACAAAAUUAUGUGCUGCACACGUUUGCUGGCACCUACAAAAGAGUAAUCAAUCAUCUUUAGAAGUGAGCACUCAAUGUUUUGCCAUAGAUUGACAGUUUGACAGACAAUUGAUUGCACAACACCUUUGCUCACACCCUCCCCUCACCCAAACACCAUAAAAAUUUAAAAAAUAAAAACAAAAACAGAAAAUGACUGCAACUUCACAAGGAAUUGAUCUUUGUGGGUGGGCUGAUGUCUUCACAAUCAUUAUGUACUUACAGUGAAUCAAGUGCUUUGUGAGGCUCUGCUGAGAUACAAUUCAGGCAAACAUCUCGAACUACUUCUUAGUGAUAGCAUACCAUGCAAGUAUCUGAAAUUGAUUCUGUGCUUGCUGCUUGUUGGAUGUGUGCGUGUUGUGUGUUGAUUGAUUUACUCACACUUGGACUAACAUGAAUCCAUGAAAUGGUCUUUUACUGAGUGAUUUUAUGAGUGUAAUUUUGAAGACUAUAUUGGAUGCUUUAAGCACAUGCUGAAGUUGAUUUUUAAGCCUGGACAGGACGGUGAGAAGUGAAGGAGCUGUGGCUUCAUGAGAAAUCUGGCUCUGGCAACAUCAGGUUGUGCUCAAGCUUCAGCUGCUUGUAGGCAUUGCCGAGCUGUUGCUGCAUUUCUCCUGGAAUGAAAAUUUAAUUUAUUUAGAGCUCCUUUGUUACACUUUUUGCAUCAUUCUUACAACCAUUUACUAUUUCACAAUUUAAUAGAAUAAAUGGCAAGUCAUUUGUAA